AGGGCGGCCCCCCCGCCGACGGCGCGGCGCGCGCGGCCCCCGCGGGCGCGGCCGCGGGCAUGGCGGCCAUGCUGCGGGGGCUGGGCCUCAAGUCGCUGCAGGAGCGCGGCCUCGGCGCCGGCGGCGCGGCGGCCGGAGUCCUCGCGGCCCAGAAGGAGGAGGAGCUCGAGGCUCGGCCGCUGGGUGGCGGCGCCGCGCGGCGGAGGCUGCGCCACGUGACGGCGCUGGCCCUCCGCGGCCUCGAGCUCUGCAGAUUCCACGGCGGUGGAGCCGAGGGCGACGGCCACGAGGACGCGGGCCCCCGCCGCGGCGGCGACGGCUCGGCAGCUGCGGGCUACGUGCUCCAGGUGGCCGCCGAGAGCUCGGCCGAGGCCCUGGAGACCAGCGAGGUGCUGAGGACCCGCAACCCCACCUGGGCGCCCGUGUGCGGGGUCCGCGGCGGCCGCCACCUCCACAACUUCGAGCUCCGCGCUGUGGACGCCCAGUCCUGCGAGGUGCUGUGGAGGGAGACGGUGUGCCUGCCCGAGCUGGAGCCGCUCUGCCAGGAGACGG